AGUUCGCUGAAUGGACACCAUGAACAAAGCUCACCCCCCUGAGCUAAAAAAAAUUAUGGACAAGAAGUUAUCAUUGAAAUUAAAUGGUGGCAGACAUGUCCAAGGAAUCUUGUGGGGAUUUGAUCCCUUUAUGAAUCUUGUGAUAGAUGAAUGUGCGGAGAUGGCAACUAGUGGGCAACAGAACAAUAUUGGAGUGGUGGAAAUACGAGGCAAUAGUAUCAUCAUGCUAGAAGCCUUGGAAUAA